ACCGCCUUACGACUAACCCUACGGCUCUCUUCCUGUGACUGAGCAAAACCAAACCCUAAGGCGAAGAGCAGUUCGUGCGAGAACUUCCAGAAGCCCUGUUUUUCUGAGAACUUCGUCUUGCCGCAAUUUAUAUUUUACGGAUAGACGACUCUUUUCCGAAGUUAUGGGGGACAACGAAACCAUGGCCGCCGAGGCAUCUGGUGCUGUAAAUUAUACUUCUGCUGGGUAUAACUCUUCUCCAUAUGGAAAUUAUAGUGCUUCAGCUCCACCAGUGGAAUCUACCGAGCAAGAGAGCGCCAAUUCUGUACAUGAGAGCAAUGCAGCAAACAUUGGUUCAUCUCAAUCUGCAGAUAACAACUCUUUGGUUAAUGGGUCUGUUGUUGAAGGUGGCACCGCUAUGCCAGUUGAGAAUGGAAAUGCGACGGACAAUGAAGUUGCAACUGUUCCGGUGUCUGAGCAUGGAGAUGCUUCUGGACCAACUCUUUCACCGGAAGAGGAACGUCUAUGGAAUAUUGUCAGGGCGAAUUCCGCUGAGUUCAAUGCUUGGACUGCCCUUAUUGAAGAGACAGAGAAGGUAGCUCAGGACAAUAUAACAAAAAUCCGAAAAAUCUAUGAUGCGUUCCUAGCUGAAUUUCCUCUGUGUUAUGGCUACUGGAAAAAGUAUGCUGAUAACGAGGCUCGAGUGGGGGCAAUGGACAAAGUUGUGGAGGUUUAUGAAAGAGCAGUUCAGGGAGUGACAUAUUCAGUGGACAUUUGGCUGCAUUAUUGCAUUUUUGCCAUCAAUACAUAUGGAGACCCAGACACCAUCAGAAGACUUUUCGAACGAGGAUUGGCUUAUGUUGGAACUGAUUAUCUGUCCUCUCCCUUAUGGGACAAAUACAUCGAGUACGAGUACAUGCAGCAGGACUGGGGCCGGCUUGCCAUGAUAUAUACCAGAAUAUUGGAGAAUCCAAUUCAAAAUCUUGAUAGAUAUUUCAACAGCUUUAAGGAAUUAGCUGAAACACGGCCUUUGUCAGAGUUAAAGAGCGCUGAGGAAGCCGUUACUGGUACAGGUUCUACUGCCUCAGCUGGUGGUGAUACUACUGAAAGUGCGCAAUCUGAGUCUAUUGGAAAGGCAGAUGAAGGACAAUUUCAAGCUGAUGUUUCCACUGAAGAAUCUCCUAAACCAGCAAGUUCUGGCUCAACUGAUGUCGAGGAGUUGAAGAAGUAUGUCACCAUAAGAGAAGAGAUGUAUAAGAAAGCCAAAGAGUUCGAAUCUAAAAUCAUUGGCUUUGAAAUGGCUAUAAGGAGACCCUAUUUCCAUGCCCGUCCCCUCAAUGUGGCGGAACUGGAGAAUUGGCAUAACUAUCUGGAUUUCACAGAAAGGGAUGGUGAUUUAAAUAAGGUGGUCAAACUGUAUGAAAGAUGUGUGAUUGCGUGUGCAAAUUAUCCUGAAUAUUGGAUUCGAUAUGUAUUAAGCAUGGAAGCCAGUGGAAGUAUAGAUCUUGCAGAAAAUGCUCUUGCUCGAGCAACUCAAGUCUUCGUCAAGAGACAACCGGAGAUUCAUCUUUUUGCUGCUCGAUUUAAAGAGCAGAAUGAAGACAUUGCUGGUGCUAGAGCUGCUUAUCAACUUGUGCACUCUGAAAUUUCACCUGGACUCCUUGAAGCAAUAAUUAGACAUGCAAACAUGGAGCGUCGUCUAGGGAAUUUGGAUGAUGCUUUCUCUUUGUAUGAACAAGCAAUUGCUAUUGAAAAAGGGAAGGAACACUCUCCUAUACUGCCGAUGCAGUACGCUCAAUACUCGAGGUUUACCUACUUGGUUUCUGGAGAUGCUGAGAAAGCCAGGAAGAUUCUAGUUGAAGCACUUGACCACGUACAACCAUCAAAACCACUCCUGGAGGCUCUGAUUCAUUUUGAGACGAUUCAGCCGCCACCAAGGCAAAUUGAUUACUUACAGCCACUUGUCGAGAAGUUCAUAAUGCCAAAUACUGAUACUCAGAAUACUGCUAGUUCUGCUGAAAAGGAAGAGUUAUCUUCUAUUUAUAUAGAGUUUUUGGGCCUAUUUGGAGAUGUGAAGUCCCUAAAGAAGGCUGAAGACCAGCAUGCAAAACUCUUUUUACACCACAGGAGCACAUCAGAGCUGAAAAAGCGUAAUGCCGAAGAUUUUCUCUCUUCAGAUAGGACAAAAAUGGCAAGAAUUUAUGGUGGCACUCCGCCUGCUCAGUCAAUACCUGGUGCUUAUUCGAAUGCCCAGAAUCAGUGGGCCGGUAGCUAUGCUGCACAGCCUCAGACUUGGCCACCGGCACAAGCCCCUGUACAACCGCAGCCAUGGAACCCGGCCUAUGGCCAACAGGCUACAUAUGGUGCGUAUGGUGGUUAUCCUGCCGGUCAUGCUGCUCCACAGGCACCAACUUCGGUGCCACAAGCUGCUGCUUAUGGCGCAUAUCCUUCAACAUAUCCUGCUCAGACGUACCCGCCACAAAGUUACGCACCUCCAACCGUAGCCGCGGCACUGGUGGCGCCGGUUCAACAACCGGCUUCCGCUCCUCAGGCUUACUAUGGUGCUACUACUUACUACUGAGCCAGUCCGUGACAAUUCCGGUCACAAUCCGUUUACCGAUAUGCCUAAAUCUUUCCCCCCUGAGGCUUUAGCUUCUUCUUUGUUUCUUGUCUGAAUGUGUCACAUUUCUAUGUCUGUCUCUCUGUUCUGUGUAUCAGUGACUCGUGAUAUUAGUUUAGUUUAAAGAGUUUUUUUUUUGCAUUGUUUGAUUUGAUCCUGAAAGGGUUUAAUAUCGAGGUUGUACCAGAGAUCUUCUAUUUUAAUUAUUAUAAGCAAAUUAUAAAA